AUGGCUUUGAAGUAUGAGUUAGAACAGUGGGGUGCCGCUGUUCAAGCUUAUGAUUCUCAAGAUUUUGAUAAAGCUUUAGACACAUUCGAGACUAUAGCAGAUUCUGCAAAAUUCCAUUUUAACAUGGGUUUAAUAUAUGCCACUCUCGGUGAACACGAAGAAGCAUGCCGGUCAUAUAAAAAAGCUGUAAAAUUAGAUCAAUUUUUUGCUGUAGCUUAUUUUCAAAAAGGCGUAUCCCAUUUCUUAUUGGGUGAAUUUGAAAAGGCAUUGGCAAAUUUCAAUGAUUCUUUAUUGUACCUUCGUAAAAAUAUGCUUAUAGAUUAUGAACAAUUGGGAUUAAAGUUUCGACUUUAUUCAUGUGAAAUUCUAUUUAAUCGUGGUCUCUGUUACUUAUAUCUUGGUCAAACAGAUCAAGGUAUGGGUGAUUUUACAUCGGCUGCAAAAGAAAAACAAACAGAGGAACAUGAAGUCAUUGAUGAAGCUAUUACAGUUCAGGGUCAAGGUUUCACUGUAUUUUCAAUCCCAGUUGGUGUAAUUUAUAGACCACCUGAAGGAAAACUUAAAAAUGUAAAAACAAAAGACUAUUUAGGUAAAGCAAAAUUGGUAGCAGCUGUAGAUCCAGAAGACGCUUUCACCGGUUUUACAGGUGCUCAACAACAAAAGAAACAAGGACUUAAUACGACAACACCAAUUACAAAAGCAAACACCGAAGGCGCUGUUAUACAAAUGAAUAAUGGAUCAAAUUCGCGACCGGCUUCUCCAACCGAAAAAGCUCCUAGACCUAGGUCAUUGUCCACCAGUCCAAGAGCUCCACCUUUUCCUAUGCGAGCGAGCAGAACUCCAAGUAUGGCAAGACGACGUCCCCCUCAGAAGGAAGGAACAUCAACUUAUAUUGAAGAAGAUAAUAUCUCUAAUGGUAGUGGGAUAUUUCCUGAUAGACGCUUACCUGCUUCUGAAGGUAUGAUGAGAUCUACCUCACUUGCACCGGAUUCAACUGGCUUCCUCAAAUGGGAUUAUAAACAACAAAGUCGUUCUAAAACUUUAGAUAACAGUCGCGGUUCACUUAAAUUACCAUCUAACGGUCCGUCUAGAAUGACUUCCUUGAGAGAUCCUAAUCGUGGACCACUUAGGGAUGGACCUAUGCGAUCUAAUUCUUUGAGAGAAUCUAGUCGUUCUAAUUCAAUUAGAAAUGGACCACCCAGAGUGAAUUCUAUAAGAGGUAGACCAACAGGAAGGCAAAUUCCUCAAAGGUCAAAUACACAGGGUCGUACGCAAUUUUUACAACAGCAAAUGUCAAAAAUGUCAGUCUCGGAUGAUGAUCAAGGUUAUAACGAUUAUUACCAGGAUGUAGACCAAUACGUUAAUAACAAUAUUACUAGUCCGCCGGAAGAUUAUAGUCAAGUUAAUAGGUCGCCAUCUCGUUCUCCAAGUUUACGUGGUCGUGGUACGAGUUCACCUGGAAGAGGUUCUUUCAAAUCAUCUCCUCUAUCUCUGCAAAACGGUCUAUUGGCUUCUCCUACAGCGGACAAUGGAGAAGAGCAUUAUGCCAACGAUACACAAUUCGAAAUGCUUCCACCACCACAAAAAAAUAAUCCGUAUCCUAGUUCACCUGUUAAUGAAAUACUUAAAGAACCUUCUAAGAUUAAAAUUAAAUGUUAUCAUAAAGACACUCGUAUAGUUAUGGUCCCAGCAAGUAUAAUUUACUCAGAACUCAUUAAACGAAUACAAGAAAAAUUUGCCUUAGAAGCAUCCUUGCAAUUAAAAUAUAAGGAUGAAGAUGGUUCGAUGGUCACGAUGAUAGAUCAAGAAGAUUUCGAAAUGGCUAGAUCAAUGGUUCCAAGAUCAUCAAGUGAUAUCGGUAGAAUGGAG